UGCGAGAACUACAGAACGAGCGUAGAGAACGCAACUUCACUUGCACCCUAGAAACAGUCCGAGCAGAGGCUGGAAAGAUGUGGAAGUCGUUGACGGAAGAGGAGAAAGCCCAUUACGAGUUCAUGGCGAAUCGUUACAAGGAAAAGCAAGUGGGAUCCUUGAGAACAGCUUCACGUCUGAUGGGCGUAGCAUUGCACAUGCCUACCAGCUACCAUCAGCUGAAGCUCCAACUCUUGUGGAUCCCACCAGAUGGCAGAGAAGGCCACGACAAGUUCCUGAAUGCCUAUCGGACAUUCUUCAGCGAGCAGACUCCGCUGGUGGAUGCCGAUGCGACAUUUUCCUUCAGUGAGGUGUACCGUAAAGCAGUCAUGUACUUUCACGAGGAGGCGAUUUAUCACUGCACUAUAGAGUGGCCCGGUGUUGUCUGGUUUGGCCCGGUGACAAAAUAUCUUCAGGCGAAGACACUCACGGGAUCCCCAUCACUGGCUUUCGAGCUGGCUACGCCUGACUGCCGGGCGGUUGUGUGAGACCUGAUGGCCCAUCUCCGACCUUCCUCGGACGGCCUGGCUCUUCCACCAUUUUUCUUCAUGCCAAACGACAUGCCCCAGGCCGACGGCUACCUGCGGUGGCUGCUCGUAAUGCAUGGAGAUUGAGGGGGGAGGAGGUGGAAGAAGUCUCGACUAGAUUUUUUUGUUUUAAUUGUGAUAAUAAUAUAUUUUUAAUAAGUGCAAUAAAAUUUGUUAAUUCGAAAA